GGUGACUGCUCCUGCCACUGGAGAGCCAGGCCCCUCCCGUGUGCUGUCCCCAGGCUGGGGGGGGCUGGUUUUCCACAGGGCUCAUCCUUGUCUCCGAGCCCCCCAAUUGGAAAUUAAAACAUGGAGGGAUUCCUGGAGAUAAAGCUGCCCCACGGAGCCCUCGGCUCCCUCCGCUGCAGCACAGAGGGGCCAAGUAGGGCUCUUUCCAGUCGUGCCGAGUGGGGAGGCAGCCAGGGUGUGGCCAGGCCCAGGCUGUGCUGAGGCAGGCGGCAGUCGUGGUCUCGCCCGGCAGAGGGCUGGCCCAGUGCCUGCUGGUUCCACGGGGUGCAAGUGGCUCCAGCCAUCGCAGGCCGCUGAGCUGUGACUGAAUAGCCGUGCCCAGCGGGUAGGGUGCCGCCCGGCCUGGAGGGCGCAUCCCGCAGGCCCCAAGCUCUGACUGGGACGGGGUGGGAGCGUAGGGAGUAGUGCCCGGCCCUGACUUGCCCUCUCCCGAUGUCCCUGCUGGGCUGGGUCCGGUUUCUCCCCUUGGCAGCUCUUGUGGGGGAGAGAUUUCCCCCUCCUCCGGCAUCCCAUCCCAGCUCGAUUAGAGCCAGCCUGACCCCGAGCGUCCCCUAGGAGCCCUCUCUCCGUCUCUGGGGCUGAGGCGCCGUCUCCGCUCUCCCCUGCAGGCCCACGUUCCAGUACUUCACCUGGCACACCUGCGUGCUGGGCAUCCUGGGCUGCGGCAUCAUGAUGUUCCUCAUCAGCCCCAUCUACGCCUCGGCCAGCGUGGCCUUCAUGCUGCUGCUGCUGCUGGCCCUGCACUACCUGUCACCGAGCAGCAGCUGGGGCUACAUCAGCCAGGCCCUCAUCUUCCACCAGGUCCGGAAGUACCUGCUGAUGCUGGACGUCCGGAAGGAGCACGUCAAGUUCUGGCGCCCCCAGAUGCUGCUGGUGGUGCAGAACCCCCGGUCCUGCCUCCAGCUGAUCAGCUUCGUCAACGACCUAAAAAAGAGCGGCCUGUACGUGCUGGGCCACGUGGAGCUGGCGCAGUUAGACUCCCUGCCCUCCGACCCCCUGCAGACGCAGGCUGACUCCUGGCUCCUGCUGGUCGACAGGCUGAACAUCAAAGCCUUUGUGAACCUCACGCUGGCCGACUCGGUGAGACACGGCGUCCAGCAGCUGCUCUUCAUCUCCGGGCUGGGUGAGUCGCCGCGGGCAGCGCCCAGUGCACGCUGGGUGUGCCGUGGGAAGGGGCCAGUCGCAGGGUUACUGCCUGCCAGGUCCUCUGCAAGGGCAGUGUAG